UAUAGCUCUUCUCCGGGUCCGUUCAGCCUCGCGACGGUCAGCUGCUAGGAAUCCUUCUGCCUCACCUCCAAUAGUUGGUUGAGGGAGAUUGAUGAUGCAUAGCCUGGUGUCGCGUUAGCUUGGCACACAUGCGUUAAACCGAGUAGGAAUACAAGUCCAGUCAAAAAGACCCACGUCUACUGAGGCUGCGAACCUGUGUGAUAAGGCUGCGUCUUGUAGCUUGCUUAACAGGAUUUGACGGCCUCGCGCCCCUGCAAGGCAUCCUCACUCAAAGCGCUUCCCAGAAAUCCCCCAAACAAUGUGCAGAUUAUGUCUCUACUGUCGCACCCUUGAACGGAUGGAUGAGCCUUGUCCAUUGCUCCAGGGAAGGUCACAGACAACCCCUGUUAGCAUUGCCGGCGCAGGCCGCCCAGUGUCAGGACUUUCACCUCAGGAUGCUCAGCAAAUUAUUGCCCUCCAGCAGCAGCCUAGUUCGUUGUGCGCUCGGUGCUCUAACUCCAGGAUCCUUAACUCAUUCAUGAAUUUCCAACCUUGGGAUGAAAUCCAACGCGAUGGCCAACUCUCAUCUGUGACACAGUAUUAUAAGGAUUUUGCCGAAGCCAGACUUUACCUUGGUCGCCCUAGUUCGCUUCUUCUGACGCCAUCCUGCCCGUUUUGCCGCAUGCUUUACUGCAUUCUACCAAGAUAUGUCGAACUUGCCCGUUUCGACGGCGGGGGUGUGAAGUCAGCGCGGGUAAGACGAACGGGUGAACCAGACAUAUACUUCGAGCCAUACCGUACAUAUCUACGAACAGUAGGUUGGGAGAUGAUCCCGGAAGAGUUGAGAAACCAAUGCGCCAUCAUACUGGGGUUCACUACCAGUGUUAGGGGUACCACUCUUUUGCCGGAUUACGAUCCGCUCAUUUCUGGCGCUUCAAAGAUCAAAGACCGGUACAUGACUGGGCCUGCAAUUGCCUUAGAAUCUCGAUUUGCGGCACCCGAUCGAAGGCUAUUCGGUCUCAGACCACUCGAAAACACCCUCGAUUGGUCCAGAGUUCGACAAGCUCUCAACUAUUGUUUACAGAGGCAUCGCAGCUACUGCCACAUCGAGAAACCGCCGGAACUACUCACGACUCGGAUGAUCGACGUGGUCGAGCGAACCGUCGUUCCUUGUCCACGAGAUUGCGAUUAUGUUGCCUUGAGCUAUGUCUGGGGAGGCGUAGAGCCAGCUUGUCAAGCGCUCGAGAACAGGUGCCUUCCGCAAACAAUUGAAGAUGCCAUUGAGGUGGCGCAAGCUUUGGGUAGACGCUACCUAUGGGUUGAUGCGUUGUGCAUCGAUCAGUCUCCCACGCUUACGCCAUCACAAAUGAAAGCCAAGAUCAAACAGCUGGACAUGAUGUCGACAAUCUACAGCUGUGCAACUGUUACCAUUGUUGCACUGACCGGCAAGCAUGCGAACGCUGGCUUACCCGGCGUAUCCGUUCCACGCUUGGCUCAAGUCAAAGAGAACAUCGAUGGUGUCACUCUCUUUACCAUCCCACAGCACUACACUCUAGAGAGAGCGGGGGCUCUAUGGUCGCGCCGCGCUUGGACGAUGCAAGAGGAAUUGCUGUCUAGACGGUCGCUAGUUUUCACUCCAAGUCAAGUAGUAUUCAACUGUCUCGUCUGUGAGGUUGAAGAAGGAUUGGACGUCACUACGUUUCCCGACAAGCCUUUCGGAAUCCAUCCCCACGGCUUGCAGCUUCAGAAGCUGUAUGCGGCUGUCCCUGUAAGGAUGGCUCCCGUAGGGCCUGCCAAUGACCCUCACUGAUAUCCGCUUUAGGUCUCGAAGGCCCCACAACCGAGUCAUGAUGAAGGUUCUAUGAGACGCUUAUCUAUCUUUUGUAACCUGUUAGGAACCUACACAAGUCGCUACAUGACCAAUGAAAGCGAUUCCCUCAACGCCUUCCGAGGGAUGCUCACAUUCUUACAAAGGCAGCUGUUCCCAGAAGGUUUCGUACAUGGCCUUCCAUUACGAAGCCACCCAUCUUCCUUAGCUUGGAUGCACCGGAGGGGCGUCAGCCCAAGACGCCGAGCAGAGUUCCCGAGUUGGAGCUGGACGGGAUGGGAGGGGGAAGUCGCUUACCCGGAAAAAUUGUUGGAUACUGCUGAUGGCCAUUCUCCCUAUACCUCAGACAACGAACUCGAAUUGCACUUCCUAAGUUCCCAUGAAGAUGAGAUCGAGAUUGAGGGCUGGUUGGUUGAUCUCGACGUCCGUACCGAACCGUUCAGUGAG